GGUUCCAAGAGGGUCGGGGGCCUCCGCGGCGGCUUAAGCUACUCCGGCGCGGAGGGACACGCUGGGAAUCCGCUGAACCCGAGAGUGCCUGGCUAUAGAAGUGAUUAACUCUUCCUGGGCACAUCUGGAAGGACAUGAUGGGAGGUGGCAUUUGAGCCAGGAAGACUGACCAUUUGGUGCAUUAAGGGCCCCUGAAAUCCCCACUGUAUGUGCACAUGCUCAAGAGGAAGUCUAAGAGGCACAGCAAUGAUUAGAGACCCUGCUGAGAGCAAGCAGCUCCUGGCUGCCUAGGGGCCUGCGGGCUUACUUUCUGGUGUCCCCAUGGAGACAGGAGGCCCUGGGUUGAACACUAUGAAGCCCCAGUCACUGCAGCUGGUGCUGGAGGAGCAGGUGCUGGCGCUACAGCAGCAGAUGGCGGAGAACCAAGCAGCCUCCUGGCGGAAGCUGAAGAACUCCCAGGAGGCCCAGCAGCGGCAAGCAUCCCUUGUGAGGAAGCUGCAGGCCAAGGUUUUGCAGUACCGAGGCUGGUGCCAAGAGCUGGAGAAGCGGCUGGAAGCCACCGUGGGACCAGUCCCUCAGAGGUGGGACAGUGUGGAGGAGUCAAGCCUGGAACAGCUGCUAAUCCGAUUGGAGGAGGAGCAACAGAGGUGUGAGAGUCUAGCAGAGGUGAACACCCAGCUUCGGCUGCACGUGGAAAAAGCUGACAUUGUGAAUAAAGCUCUUCGAGAAGAUAUGGAAAAAUUGACAGUAGACUGGAGCCGGUCCCGGGAUGAGCUAAUGAGGAAAGAGAGCCAGUGGCAGAUGGAGCAGGAGUUCUUCAAGGGCUACCUGAAAGGGGAGCAUGGCCGCCUUCUCAGUCUAUGGCGGGAGGUGGUGACCUUCCGACGCCACUUCCUAGAGAUGAAGUCAGCCACUGACAGAGAUCUGACGGAGCUCAAGGCUGAGCAUGUGAGGCUUUCCGGGUCCCUGUUGACCUGCUGUCUGCGCUUGACCGUGGGUGCACAGUGUCGGGAACCGGGUGGAUCUGGGAGACUGGGUGGAAGCGAGGCGGCCCAGCUGCUGCUCCUGACUGAGAGCCGGGAGCUGGAGAAGGAAGCCCAUGCAAGGAGCCAGGAGUCCAUUCAGCUGGCGGGUCAAGGGGACCUGGAGAAGGCCGAGCUUCAGGAUAGGGUGGCCGAGCUCUCUGCUCUACUGACCCAGUCUCAGAAGCAAAAUGAAGAUUAUGAAAAGAUGGUAAAGGCUUUGAGAGAGACAAUGGAGAUCCUGGAGACAAAUCAUGCCGAAUUACUGGAACAUGAAGCAUCUCUCAGUAGGCAUGCCCAAGAAGAGAAGCUAUCUCUACAGCAGGCGAUCAGGAACAUAACUCAGGCCAUGGUGGAAGAAGAGGACAACAUGGCCAAAGGCUCUGAUCAUGAGAGCUCCCUGGAGCUGGACUUCAGUGCCUUCUCCUUCCCGUUUGACUCCCAGGACCCAGACAAGGCUCUUACUCUGGUGCAUUCAGUGCUGACUCAGAGACGCCAGGCCGUGCAGGACCUGAGGCAGCAGCUCUCAGGCUGUCAGGAAGCUGUGGGCUUCUUGCAGCAACAGCACAGUCAGUGGGAGGAAGAGGGUGAGGCCUUGAGACGGCGGCUCCAGAAGCUCACUGGGGAGCGUGACACCCUGGCCGGGCAGACCGUGGACCUCCAGGGAGAGGUGGACUCUCUCAGCAAGGAGCGAGAGCUUCUGCAAAAGACCAGGGAGGAGCUGCAGCAGCAGCUGGAGGUGCUGGAGCAGGAGGCAUGGCGGCUGCGGAGGACAAACAUGGCGCUUCAGUUGCAGGAGGACUCUGCUCAGGGCGAGAGGGAGGAGCAGCAGGAGGAGCUGCACCUGGCUGUCCGCGAAAGGGAGCGCCUUCAGGAGACCCUGGCAGGCCUGGAAGCCAAACAGUCAGAGUCCCUCAGUGAACUGAUCACUCUUCGGGAAGCCCUGGAGUCGAGUCGCCUGGAAGGGGAGUUGCUGAGGCAGGAGCACAUGGAGGUGACUACAGUACUGGUGAGGGCGGAACAGUCCAUUGCAGAGCUAUCGAGUUCUGAGAACAGCUUGAAGGCUGAGGUGGCUGAUCUUCGGGCUGCAGCUGUCAAACUCAGUGCCUUAAAUGAGGCUUUGGCCUUAGAUAAAGUUGGGCUGAACCAGCAGCUUCUCCAGUUAGAACAGGAGAACCAGUCUAUGUGCAGCAGAAUGGAGGCAGCAGAGCAGGCGAGAAGCACUUUGCAGGUGGGCCUGGCAGAAGCAGAGAGGAGCAGGGAAGCCCUGUGGGAAAAGAACACCCAGCUGGAGGUGCAGCUGCAGAAAGCGGAGGAGACUAGCGCUGAGCUGCAGGCGGAUCUCAGGGGCAUCCAAGAAGAGAAGGAAGAAAUUCAAGAGAAACUAAGCGAGGCACAUCACCGGCAGGAGGCAGCCUCAGCUCACCUGGAGCAACUGCAUCAGGAAGCAAAUCGACAGGAAGAAGUGCUAGCCCGGGAAGUGCAGGAGAAAGAGGCCCUGGUACGGGAGAGGGCAGCUCUCAAGGUGCGACUGCAGGCUGUGGAGCGGGACCGGCAGGACCUCUCAGAACAACUACUGGGGCUCAGCUCAGCCAAGGAACUCCUGGAGAGCAGUCUGUUUGAGGCCCAACAACAAAAUUCUCUGGUAGAGGUCACCAAGGGGCAGCUGGAGGUCCAGAUUCAAACUGUCACUCAAGCCAAGAAAGUAAUCCAAGGGGAAGUGAGGUGCCUGAAGCUGGAACUGGACGCUGAACGGAGCCGGGCAGAGCAGGAGCGGGACAUAGCAGCCAGACAGCUGGCCCAGGCUGGGCGAGAGGGGCAGACUGCCCUGCAGCAGCAGAAGUCAGCCCAUGAGGAAGAGGUGAACCAGCUCCAGGAGAAAUGGGAGAAGGAGCGCUCCUGGCACCAGCAGGAACUGGAUAAGGCUCUGGGGAGCCUAGAGAGGGAGAAAAUGGAGCUGGAAAUGCGGCUGAAGGAGCAGCAGGCAGAAACUGAGGCCCUCCGGACGCGGAGGGAGGAAGAACGGGCCGAGGCCGAGAGCGCCCUAUGCCAGAUGCAGCUUGAAACAGAGAAGGAGAGAGUGUCCCUCCUGGAGACACUGCUGCAGACCCAGAAGGAGCUGGCAGAUGCCAGCCAACAACUGGAAUGGCUGAGGCAGGACAUGAAGGCUCAGAAGUUAAAGGAGCAGGACACCACUGGGGUGCUACAGACCCAGCUCCAAGAGGCUCAGCAAAAUCUGGAGCAGGCAGCCCAGCAGCACAAAGACGACCUUGCUGCCCUCCGAGAAGAGGGGAGCUCCCUACGGCAGGACAAGAUAGACCUCCAGACACAGGUGGAGGACUUGAAGUCUCAGCUGGUUUCCAAGGAUGACUCCCAGAGGCUGAUGGAACAGGAGGUUCGGGAGAAGCUGAGAGAGGCCCAGGAGUGUAGUCGAAUUCAGAAGGAGCUGGAGAGAGAGAAAGCCAGCCUGAUGCAGUCACUGGUGGAAAAGGAACAGACACUCCUUGUUUUGCAAGAAGCUGACUCAGUUCAACAACAGGAGCUGUGCUCGCUGCGCCAGGCCAUUCAGGAGGCCCAGGAAGGGCAGAAGGAGCUCAGUGCCCAGCAGGUGGAAUUACUGAAGCAGGAGGUGAAGGAAAAGGAGGCUGUCUUUCUGGCCCAGGAAGCACAGUUGCUGGAGGAGCUGGAGGCAUCUCGAGCAACUGAGCAGCAGCUGCAAGCAUCCUUGUGGGCCCAGGAAGCCAAGGCAGCCCAGCUGCAGCUGCAGCUGUGUAGCACCAAGAGCCAGCUGGAGGCACUGGCCGCAGAGCAGCAGCCUGGGCACCACGCCCGGGCCCAGCUGGCCAGCCUCUGUUCUGUCCUGCAGCAGGCCCUGGGGUCUGUCUGUGAGGGCAAGGCUGAGCUGUGUGGCGGGGGAGACUCUGCUGCUUCCCUCUGGAGCCCGGAGCCAGACCAGAAUGGAGCCAGGAUUCUAUUGAAGAGAGGGCCCCUCCUGACGGCUCUCUCAGCUGAGGCAGUGGCAUCUGCGCUCCACAAGCUUCACCAAGACCUGUGGAAAGCGCAGCAGGCCCGGGACGAUCUGAGGGAUCAAGCUCAGAAGCUAGAACAGCGUCUCACUCACACAGAGGCUGAGAAGAGCCGGGUCCACACAGAGUUGCAGGACCUGCAGAGACAGCUGUCCCAGAGCCAGGAAGAGAAAUCCAACUGGGAAGCAAAACAGAACUCUGUAGAAUCUGAGCUGGUGGAACUGAGUGAAUCUGUGGCAUCCUUACAGAGUCGCCUACGGCAAGCGGAGCUGCAGGGAAUAGAGGCCCAGAAUGAGCGAGAGUUACUUCAGGCAGCCAAGGAGGACCUGACAGCUCAAGUGCAACAGCUGCAAGUGGCUGUUGCAGAAGCCAGGGCCAAGGCAAGUGCUAUAGGGGUCCUGGAGGAAGACUUGAGAACUGCUCGCUCAGCCCUGAAACUGAAAAAUGAGGAAGUGGAGAGUGAACGUGAGAGAGCCCAGGCUCUGCAAGAGCAGGGCGAACUGAAGGUGGCCCACGGGAAGACACUGCAGGAGAAUUUGGCUGUCCUGGCCCAGACCCUGUCCAAAAGAGAAGAGGAGGUAGAGACUCUGCAGGGGACAAUCCAGGAACUGGAGAAGCAACGGGAGCUGCAAAAGGCUGCUCUGGAGGUGCUAUCUCUGGACCUAAAGGAGAGGAACCAAGAGGUGGACCUGCAGCAGGAACAGAUCCAGGAGCUGGAGAAGUGCAGGUCCGUUUUAGAGCAUCUUCCCCUGGCUGUCCAGGAGCGGGAGCAGGAGCUAACCAUGCAGAGGGAGCAGAUCAGAGAGCUUGAGAAGGAUCGAGAGACACAGAGGAACAUCUUAGAGCAUCAGCUUCUAGAACUGGAGAAAAAGGCCCAAGUGAUAGAGUCCCAGAAAGGACAGAUUCAGGAUCUGAAGAAGAAGCUGGUAACUCUGGAAUGUCUAGCCCUGGAGCUAGAGGAAAACCAUCACAAAAUAGAGUGCCAACAAAAGGCAAUCGAGGAGCUGGAGGGCCAGAGGGAAAUACAGAGGGUGGCUCUGACCCACCUUACACUGGACCUAGAGGAGAGGAGCCAGGAGCUGCAGGCACAGAGUAGCCAGAUCCAUGAGCUGGAGAGCCACAGCACCCUGCUGGCAAGAGAGCUCCAGGAGAAGGACCAGGAGGUGAAGUCCCAGCGAGAACAGAUUGAGGAACUGCAGAGGCAGAAGGAGCAUCUGACUCAGGGCCUCGAGAGGAGGGACCAGGAAAUGGUGGUGCAGAAGGAGAGGAUCCAGGUCCUUGAAGGUCAGAGGAUGCUGCAGACCAAGAUCCUAGAGGAGGACCUGGAACAGAUCAAGCUGUCCUUGAGAGAGCGAGGGCAGGAGCUGGCCUCUCAGAGGCAGCUGAUGCAGGAGCGGGCAGAGGAAGGGAAGGGCCAGAAAGCACAGCGUGGGAGCCUUGAGCAUAUGAAGCUGAUUCUGCGUGAUAAGGAGAAGGAGGUGGAAUGCCAGCAGGAGCAUAUCCAGGAACUUCAGGAGCACAAUGACCAGCUUGAGCAGCAGCUUCAGGGCCUGCACAGGAAGGUGGGUGAGACCAGUCUACUCCUGACCCAGCAAGAGCAGGAGAUAGUGGUCCUGCAGCGGCACCUGCAGGAAGCCAGGGAACAGGAGGACCUGAAAGAGCAGUCACUUCAGGGUCAGCUGGAAGAGGCCCAGAGAGCCCUGGCCCAGAGGGACCAGGAGCUGGAAGCCCUGCAGGACCAGCAGCAGCAGGCACAAGGGCAGGAGGAGCACGUGAAGGAAAAGGCAGGCACACUGCAGAGAGCUCUGGAGCAGGCCCAGAAGACACUGAAAGAGCGCCAGGGAGAGCUUGAGGACCACGAGGAGCACGUGCGAAGGCUCCAGGAAGAGCUGGCAGUGGAGGGACAGCGGGUACAGGCCCUGGAGGAGGUGUUGGGUGACCUAAGGGCCGAGUCUCGGGAGCAGGAGGCGGCCUUGCUGGCCCUCCAGCAGCAGUAUGCUGAGCGGGCACAGGAGCACCAGGUGGAGGCCAGGGCCCUGCGGGACAGCUGGCUGCAGGCAGAGGCACUGCUCAAGGAACGGAACCAGGAGCUGGAGGCCCUGCGGGCAGAUAACCAGUCCUCCCAGCAUAGGGAGGAGGCUGCCCGGGGCCAGGCUGAGGCUCUGCAGGAGGCCCUCAACAAGGCUCAGGCCGCCCUGCAGGAGAAAGAACAGCACCUCCUUGGGCAGGCAGAAUUGAGGCACAGCCUGGAGGCCAGCACUGCCACCUUGCAGGCUGCCCUGGACUCCUGCCAGGCACGAGCCCAGCAGCUGGAAGAGUCUCUGAGGACGCAGGAAGGUGAGAUCCAGGACCGGGAUCUCCAACACCAGGAGGCCUUACAGCAGCUCCAGCAGAUACUUGCUCAGAGGGAUGAAGAGCUGAGACAUCAGAAGAAACAGGGGCAGCUAUUGGAGAAGUCUCCAUCCCAGAGGGGUCUGGGGGAUUUGAUCCAAGAGAAGCAGAGUCCAAGUCAGAAGAGAGAAGAAGAAGAGAUAAAGGGCCUCCAUGAGAGCCUGAGGAAGCUGCAUCUAACUCCAGCCCAAAAGGAAGAGGAAAUCCUGGAGCUGAGGGAAGCCCGCCAGAGGGAGAAUCUGGAGGACCCGACCCACAGCCACAAUGCCUGUCCAGCAGCAGAGCACUCUACAAGACGUGAUGCUUUAGGGCCCAGGCUGCAGAAAGAGCUGGAAAGACUACAGGCAGCCCUGAGGCAGACAGAAGCCAGGGAGAUUGAGUGGAGGGAGAAGGCCCAGGACUUGGCAUUGUCCUUGGCCCAGAGCAAGGCCAGUGUCCGCAAUCUGCAGGAGGUAGCCGUGUUCCUCCAGGCAUCUGCCCUGGAGCGGGACUCAGAACAGCAGAGGCUGCAGGAUGAAUUGAAGCUCACCAGACAGGCUCUGGAGAAGGAGCGGCUCCACAGCCCCAGUGUGACCAGCAGAGUAGAACAGGGCCCCAGAGGAGAGGCAGAUGUACAGCUAGGAGAGGACUUCCCAGGUGAGAGUCAGAGAUCCCUCCUGCAGGUCUCAGGAGUAGACGCUGAGCCUGGUUCUUGGAUGGAAGAGAAGCAGGUAUGGGCAGAAAGGCUUGAGAACCUACAGCAAGUGGUGGCACAGCUGGAGAUUGAGCAGAGCAGGCUGCAGCACCACAACGUCCAGCUGCAGACCACCCUGGAGCAGGUGGAGCGGGAGCGCAGGAAGCUGAAGAGGAAUUCCAUGCGCGCGUCACAGACAGGGGUCCUGGAAAUCAGCGAGGUCACAGCAGCCUCACCCAUGCAGCAGGAUGGAAGAGGAGGACAGAAGGGCUCCUCAGAUUCCAAGCACAUGGCUGAAUUGCAGAAAGAGGUGGCCCUGCUGCGAGCCCAGCUGGCCUUGGAGCGGAAGCAGAGGCAGGACUACAUUGCUCGCUCAGUACAGACCAGCCGUGAGCUAGCAGGCCUGCACCACAGCCUCUCCCACUCACUUCUCGCCGUGGCCCAGACCCCUGAGGCCACUGUCCUGGAGGCUGAGACCCGCAAGCUGGACAAGUCCCUGACUCAAAGUCUGACAUCCCCAGGGCCAGUACUGCUCUGCCCCAGCCCCAGCACUGCCCAAGCCACCUCCAGGUAGCAGCCACAGCCAGGCAGGAUACAGGCCAUCGUGGGAGCACAGACAGAUAGGUGGCUGUAGAGUGGGUCAUGGCCCCUCCACACAACUACAGAUUUGCCAAAGGAAAGGCCUGGCUCUGUUACCCAACCUCAGAGCCCUAGGUCAACUGGCAUUCCUAGCAAGAGGGAAGGACCCUUGAGGCUGUGAGAAGGCCUCAAUUUACAUGGAAAUGAGGCAAAUUAUACUUGCCUGCUGGCCUAGAGUCACCCAGAGGAGUGCCUUGCCCUGGCCAGGUGGCAUCUGCUGCCUCUCAUCUAGAACUUCUUAUCCCAGCUCUUCACCCUCCCUUUCACCUUCCCCUUCAACAAUAAACCCUGGGUCUUUGCAGUUAUUCUCUGCUGCUGUCUCCCCUUGUGUAACUAGGCAGCAGUGGCUAUCAAGGGCAUCUAUUAAGGAAGAAUUUGCUAAGGAUUCCUAUGGGGCGGCCUGAGUUUGUCAUCUGCCUGCAUUUUAGUAGAGAAGAGUUAUGGAAAAUACACAAGACGAAGCUCCUGUCCACAGAGAGCUUGAGACCAGUCGGCAAGAACAGAUGAGCACCAUCAGCAAGUCAGGGACAUGUCUGAGUGCUGACUAGAAGGGCUGGAGAAAUUCUAGGAACUGAGGAGGAGGCAUGAACUGUCCCUUGAAGGAGGGAGGAGUUGUGAGGGGUGCUCAGAGGCAGAGUAUGUUGGGGCUGAGGUUGAUGGGUAGGGAGGGAGAAUAGAGGGCCUUGGGAUCUAGAUUUGAACUCAUGGAUAAAGAGGAACUGUAAUAUGUCCUUGACUUAAAGCAAGUUCUGGGGCUCCAAAAACACCGAGUUUAACCCUUGGUUAAACCAAAGUCAGUCUCUGGAGUUCAGGUGCUCUAUCUGGCCUUAUUCCACUUCAGCUCCAGGUUAAUGCCCUUGGUGUCCCUUCCAUAUCAGCUGGAACUGACUCUGGUCACCUGUAGUCCAGCCAGGCCCUGGUGGAGGCAAACUGGACUGAAACCAAUUCACAGGCUGAAGACCUAUUGUUGGCAAUUUUCUCAAUGCCUAAGAAAGAAGUUUUCUUUUAAAAAGCAGGGUAUGACCUCAGUCUAUCCCUCCACCCAUAAUCUGGAAUUCCUCUCUGCUAAGCCUGGGAUGGAACUAAGGCCUAGCAAAGAUUGUGGGGGGUUGAGAGCAGCACUCCACUCACCCAGAGCUACUUAGCUAGACUCACUGUAUUCCAGCAAGUGGAAGUGGGGCUGUUCACAUGUAAUGACGCUUUGUUCCAAAAAUCCAUGCAAAGGACUCAGCAAUAGAUGCUUAGGAAAAAGUUACAGUUUAGGCCCCCCAGACCUAGACCUGAGGCCCCAGAGAUACUGGCCUGGCCCUCGUCCCUGUCAGACUCAGCUCAGAAUCCUUACCUGGCCUUCUCUAUCCUAGGAGUUCUCAGGGACAAAUGACUUCUCUUGGUUCCCUACUUUUUUUGGUUCUCCAACUCUGGUUCUGUUGCUUAGAGGCUGAAAGGGAGCCCUACUUUUUACCUUAGAGUUUCUUCUCAUACCAUUAUCUGUAGGUGGUAAGCCAAAGGCCUUAUGUGCCACAUCCCUUCUGGGAGCAAGGGAGUGAUCAUCCAGCCAAGUAAAGUGUCAGUUCAAUAAUAAACUAAACACUAUUUGUUCUUCCCUCCCCAUUCAACCCUCAGGAACACCCCCACCCUGCUCUAGACCUCAGGUGAGGAUCUCCCCUCCCCACUAUAUACUUAUGUCGGGUUUGGCUUUCAGUUCAAGUGUAGACCAUGAACUUACUACUCUUACC